AUGGCGGCUUCUAGUGGUGGUCCAAUAUUUUUAAAAUCAAUCAAUUCAAGUGGCGUUGUGAAGGGUGGAGAAUAUAUAGCUAAUUUGUUCAUUAAAUCAAUUGAGGAAGUUGGUGCAAGUAAUGUUGUUCAAGUUAUCACCGAUAAUGCAAGUAAUAUGAAGCUUGCCGGUUCUAUGGUUGAGCAAACUUAUCCACAUAUAUUUUGGACACCAUGUGUUGUUCAUUGUUUGAACCUUGCACUAAAAAGCAUGUGCCAACCUUCCGAAAAAUCAACUCAAUUUAUAAAUUGCAAAUGGAUUUUAGAUUUGAUUGGUGAAGUUAGUAGCUUGAAAAAUUUUGUGUUUAAUCAUGAUAUGGCUCAUGCUCUUUUUCAAAAGCAUUCAGCGUUGUCUUUGUUGAAAGUUGCCGAAACGAGAUUUGCAUCUCAUGUUGUCAUGACUAGUCAUGUUCAUCAAGUGAAAGCAUAUUUGGAAAGAAUGGUAAUGGAUGAUGAUUGGAGAAACUAUAAGGGAGAUAAAGUGAUUGAAGUUAAAACGCGUGAAAUUAAAUCCCUUGUAAUGAAUGACGAAUGGUGGGAUAAGAUUGAGUACUUUUUAAAGUUUACCGAACCAAUUGUGUCUAUGCUUAGAAGUGCCGAUCUUGAUGCUCCAAAGUUGCAUCUUGUUUAUGAUAUGUGGGAUACAAUGAUCGAAAAAGUGAAAGCAUUUAUCUUUGAACAAGAGGGAAAGGAUCUUAUUGUCGGAUACUUUAAAGAUUCAAAUGAUCUAAAACAAGCAUUUUUGGAGUAUGGAGCAUUUGCAAGUGGUAGUGGUUUCUUUAGUGAGCCUCAUGUGGUUGAGGCUAUGAUGUACGAGGAGCCUCUAUCUUGGUGGGCUAACCAUGGUAUAAACGCUCCACUUUUGCAAAGCUUGGCGUACAAAUUGCUUUCACAACCAGCUUCUCCUUCUUGUUGCGAAAGGAAUUGGAGCACCUAUUCGUUGAUCCAUAGUAUCAAAAGAAACAAGUUAGAGACUUCUAGAGCCGAAGAUCUAGUUUUUGUGCACUACAAUCUUCGUUUGCUUUCUCGUCAAAAAGAAACAUAUACAAGUGGCCUAAGCAAGUAUUGGGAUGUGGGUGGAGAUCGUUUUGAUGUUGAUGAAGCCACCAAUGAUCUACUUGACUUAUCAAUCGAUGAACCUCAACUAGAAGGAGUCAUAUUUGAAGAGGAGAUUGAAGAUGUGCAAGAAAUUGAUCUUGAAAAUAUUGAGGAAGAAUGCUAA